CCCAUUUCCAGUCAGAGACCUUGUUCCCUCCUACAUUUCGCAAGCCAGAGAAGAGGUCUUUGCAGGAUAAAUAGACAAACGCAGUCAUGAAACACCUGCAUCCAGGCAGACGGUGACUUCGGAUCCAUUCCCCACAUCCCGCUCUCACAGGCAGACAUGAGGGCAGAGAGAAUGUCCCGCCUCCUGGCUCUGGGGCUCUUGGUGGCUGGGAUCUGCAGUGUCCACUGCCUCCCAGAGAAUGUGGUGGUGAAGGACCUACACAGAAGGGUGGAUGUCCGCACAUUAGCCUCCAGCAACACCGACUUCGCCUUCAGCCUCUACAAGCAGUUGGCUUUGAAGAACCCCAAUAAGAAUGUCAUCUUCUCCCCGCUGAGUGUCUCCAUGGCCUUGGCCUUCCUGUCUCUGGGGGCCCGUGGCCCCACCCUGACAGAGAUCCUGGAAGGUCUCAAGUUCAACCUCACGGAGAUCCAGGAGACACAGAUCCACCAGGGCUUCCAGCACCUCCUGAAGGCGCUCAAUCGACCCAGCAACCAGCUGCAGCUGAGUGUGGGCAAUGCCAUGUUUGUGCAGGAUCAGCUGAAGCUGCUGGACAAGUUCAUAGAAGAUGCCCAUGUGCUGUACUCCUCUAAGGCCUUCUCGACCAACUUCGGGGAUCCUGAACGUGCCAGGAGGCUAAUAAAUGACUAUGUGAAGAAUAAAACCCAGGGGAAAAUUGAGGAGUUGUUCAAGUACCUUUCCCCAAGAACGGUGUUGGUCCUGGUGAACUACAUCUACUUUAAAGCCACGUGGAAGAUCCCCUUUGACCCCAAGCGCACUGAGCAGGCAGAGUUCCACGUGAGCAAGAACAAGACGGUGGAGGUGCCCAUGAUGACCCUUGACCUGCAAACCCCUUACUUCCGGGAUGAGGAGCUGGGCUGCACGCUGGUGGAGCUCAUGUACACCAGCAACGACAGCGCCCUCUUCAUCCUCCCCGACGAGGGCAAAAUGCAGCACCUGGAAGCCAAGCUAACCCCAGAGACGCUGACGAGGUGGCGAAACUCCCUGCAGCCCAGACGAAUACAUGAACUCUACCUGCCAAAAUUUUCCAUCAAAAGCAACUAUGAACUGAAUGACACCCUCUACAAAAUGGGCAUUAAGAAAAUAUUUGGCAAUGCUGACCUGUCAGGAAUCACAGGGACCAGGGACCUGGUAGUCUCUCAGGUGGUCCACGGCGCUGCGCUGGACGUGGACGAGGAGGGCACAGAAGGAGCUGCUGCCACGGGAAUCGCCAUAGAAAAACUGUCCUUUCAGAGAACCACUGUGCGUUUUGACAGGCCCUUUCUGAUUGCCAUAGCUCUCAAAGACACCCAGAGCAUCAUCUUUUUGGGGAAAGUCACCAACCCCAGUCAAGCCUAGAGCUCCGCUCUGAGUUGUGGGUGCCCUCCCUAAAGAGCAGGGUGCCCAGGGCCCUGGGUGCAGCCUGGCCCCUGGGCACUGAGGGUCCACCCUGCCUGUCCCCACCUGCUCACCUCUGGGAAGGUGACAGUGACGAUCCUGGGGGCUCUACAUGCACAGGGAGUCUGCGUCCUCUGGGUCACCUCCUGCUGUGAGGCUACACCCAUCAUGGGAACUUGGCUUAUAACCUUUCAAAUGUCAUGAUGGCUACUUCAUUAUGGCUAGAGUGAUUUUAAAUGAUAAAUCUAUUUAACAAUAUAAAUUAAUAGAACUUUUCACUUUAAUGCAGCAUGAACAGAAAAGUUAAUAUGUGCUCAGCAGAUAGAGUGUUUGCAAAACAUUCACUGUGGAGCAUCCACUUCAUCCUGAGGAUGCAUUACAGACUGGGUAACAAAGCACAGUCUCUCCCUCAAGGACUGUUUUGUUUUCAUGGAAAAAUUCAGACAUUACAUAAACAGAGAGGAUGAUAUAACGUCACGUACAUAUCAGCAGCUUCAGUCAUUAUCAACAUGGGGCCAAUAUAAUUAUUCCCUACGUCCUAACCCCUUUCCUCUUUUGGGUUUGUUUUGUAGCAAAUCUUACACAUCCUGUUAUUUUAAUUCCAAGAAUUUUUAAAAAUACUUAAAAUGGCAUAUCACACUUAAAAUAAACAUAAUUCUUUAAUAUUA